CAAGAAAUGCAGGAGAGAAAACAAAAGACGAGAAACAAAAUUCAUUUUUCUAGAGAGAGAGAGAGAGAUGGCUAAACGAUCAAACCCUUUUCCCCAACCCUCUGAUUUCUCUCUCCUGAUUGCUUCGCAUUCUCAGGUUCUCGCUGCCGUGGACUCUCUUUCAAAUCCAUCUGAGCCUCCUGAUAUUAGGAACUGGUUCUCAAGCUAUGCGUACGAGUCUCCAGAAAUGAAUUCUGAUUUGCAAGGAUAUGGUUUUGGAGAAAGUGGUUGUGUGGAAGAGGGGAUUGAUGGCGAAGAGAAGACAAAAGGAAACGAUGAGACUUUUGGGAGGUUUCAGAAAAUCAGAAACAAGGAUGGUUUAGUUCUGGUUGAGAAAGCAGCUUCAAUUGGGUUUGAAAAAUCUAAUAACCCUACGGGAGAUUACGACCAUCGAAUCAAGAACGCAAGUCAGGUUAUAGGUUCUUCAGACUCCCUCUCCCUUUCAUCUGAGCCUCUGGAAAUUACAAGAUGGUUUGCUAGCUACGUGUAUGAAUCUCCUGCAGUUGAUACAAGUAAUGCUUUCACAGAUUCCGUUUCUACAGAAAGUGAAAGUGAGAGAGUGCCCUUUAAUGCUGAAAAAUGCAGCCAAGAUAAAGGAGAGCACUUGACUGAGUUUACAAGUACGAAAAGGGAUGUAUUGGCUGCCGAUAAGAACACAUCUUCAAAUGGUUUGGCUGAAUGUAAGAGCUAUGCUACUGACAAAAGCCGUUUCCACCAGUAUAAUAAUGAGGAUACUUUUAGUGUUGAACCUGUCAAAAUGAUUUCUGGACAGGAAGGAAAACCAACAAGAAAUUAUGAUGAUUGUUCAACCCAAAAUGAUGAAAAAUCAUGCUCAGACUGCCAAGUUCCCAUUGGAAAGAACAACGGAAAAUCUCCAAAAAAGUCUACUCGAAGGAGGGAUUACGGGGAAAUAAGAAAACCAGCUUGUGGAAUCAACAAAGAAAACCAGGGAACCACUAUUGCAGAAAAUGGGUUUGUUUCGACGAGGAACGAGAGAAGAGAAAGGGUAAACCAUGACAGUUCUUUGAAAAAUUGUCUGACAAAUGGAGUGACAGAUUCAUUAGCUGUUUUAAAAAGAAAGCCAUUAUCAGAAACAACCAAUAAUAAUAUCCGAUGCACUGAUUAUUCAGAGAUUACUGGAAAGUGGCAGUGUCCACAAAAGAGGAAGCCGAAUCUUGGACCUCCUUUGAAGCAGCUUCGCCUUGAACAAUGGGUUCACAGGGUAUGAAAGCUUGUGAGUUGUGAUGGAGAAAAAGGAGAUUGGAUUAGUUUUUAAGAGUGGUCAUAACUCUUCUUUCUUUUUUAUUUUUUGAACAGCCAUAACUCUUCUUUCAUGGCCUUAGAGUCCUCAGAGAGAAUUUUCACUAUGAUGCGUUCUUAUGUUGUUUGCAAAGGCCAGUUCAAUCCAUUGUCCUCAUUUCAUUGUUUAUCCCAUUUUAUAAAGUCGUACCAUUUUUCAGAUCAAAUAAUAUGGUAAAUUUCGGAUUCUCCACCAUAUCCAAUUACGACAAAUUUAUAAAUUAUGUAAUUCAUACCUACGAAAAUUUGCAUCACAAUAUUCAUGUAUAUAUAUGUAUAUACAUGUAUAUGUACAUUGUACUGUUAUACUCCUGACGUUUGCCAAAUCCUGUGGACAAUGUCCACUUCAGGGAAUUGAGAAGUUCAUUUAAACUUUAGUAUUAAUGGAUCUUAGGGACAAAUAGCUACGUAGAGUUCCUUCAUUUGGAGAAAACUGCUUAGAUUUUUUCAGUUACAUGUUGAACGUUGAUACUAACAUGUUCUUCACAGGGUCAGCUGGCAAUAAGUUCGGCACGAGUUAUUUGUGUCAGGCUUAAUAAAGACAUGGGAUUUGCUUUGGCAUUGGGACAAGAUUGCUGGGAACAACACAUGGAAACCAAAGGCUGCUUAGAAGGUUUGUCAGAAUUUUUCUUAGAAAUGAAGCAUUAAUAUA